GCUAUCGGUGCCAGGAGGAGGAGCACAAGCAACAGCAGCGGAGGCCUGCAGUGUCAAGUCCGUGACGCGACCUGCAGUGCUGAUGCUAUCGGUGCCACCCGCGGGGAACGAGGAGGAGGAGCACAAGCCAACAACAAUAACAAAGGAAACGCCCACACCAUGGAGCCGCAAAAAGUCUUCAGCCGCCGACAAUCUGUACAAGCUAGUCGAAUGCUGUGGGCAAAGUAGUGAUGAAAGCCGAAUGAGGCGGACGCGUGUGGUGCGGGGAAGGCGUUUUGCUGUCGUACUUAUCCGGUCAGCUCCAGCAACAGCAAUAGUCUCUAUUUGCCGCGCCAACCCCGAUCGACGAGUUUUGCAGCCCCAAUCAUCCCUGGUCGGCGGCUGGAGGUGGCGGAGUGCCGGAUUUUUGGUUGUAGAAUCCAGGCGUUAAUAGCACCGAAUCUGAUGUCCCAUCUGCCAACCGUGCUCCGCCAGCGUUGUACCCCGGCGCAUGGCCAAUUGAUGAUGAUCAGAAGCGGCUUCAAAAGCUAGCUGAGACAGCGAUCUAGUCAAAAGAAACGAAGUGUGCAGUCACUGCACCCCAGGAUCUUCCUCCCGGCCUGGAGCUGUAGAGGUUCUUUGAAAAGUGCGCCCCAAGUUCAGCUUCCGCAGGGAGGACUGCAGCGGAGUGAUUGCACUGUAGAAAGCGAAUUUUUGAAAGUCCUGUACCCCGAGGGCAG